GUUUAUUUAAUUUAAUGUUCUUAAUUUGAAUUGAAUUAGAGUUCUUAAAAAAAAUGUCAUUAGAAUUUCAAAUUAUGGAUAAGAUUUUUUUUUUUUAUAUGCAUAGAUAAGAUUAUUUAUUUUCAAUUUAUUAAGAAUUUAUUUCGCUGUCGCUAGUCCUCAUAGGCACGUCAGAGCUCAUUCCUAGCUGUAACAACCAUGUCGAUCCAAAACAAAGAGCCAGUCUGCGUCACUGGAGCCAAUGGCUUCAUUGGAUCCUACCUGGUCCGGACCCUCAUAACCCAUGGCUACACCACCAUCCACGCCUCCAUCUACCCCUCCUCCGAUGCCUCCCACCUCUUCCACCUCCUCCCUUCCGCCGCCUACUCUAACGUCCAACUUCGUAUCUUCGAGGCCGACGUUCUUGACUACGACGCCGUUGCCAAGGCCGUUGAGGGCUGUCGGGGGGUUUUCCACGUGGCCUCUCCCUGUACACUAGAGGACCCUAAGGACCCGCAGAAGGAGCUUGUAUUGCCUGCGGUGCAGGGCACGAUUAAUGUGCUGCAGGCUGCCAAGAACUUCGGUGUGAGGCGCGUGGUGGUCACGUCGUCUAUUUCGGCGUUGGUUCCUAAUCCUAAUUGGCCGGCCGGUAAAGUGUUUGAUGAGUCGUCGUGGACUGACAUCGAUUACUGCAAGUCUCGUCAGAAGUGGUAUCCAGUGUCAAAGACACUGGCAGAGAAAGAAGCGUGGGACUUUGCAAAGAAGCAUGGAAUGAAUCUGGUGACAAUCCAUCCUGCUACAUGUCUAGGCCCACUGUUGCAGCCUAGUCUGAAUGCUAGCUGUGCUGUGUUGAAGCAAUUGUUGGAGGGAUCAGAAGACACUCAGGAAUAUCACUGGUUGGGAGCUGUGCAUGUCAAAGAUGUGGCUGAGUCACAAAUUUUGCUGUUUGAGACUCCUACUGCUUCUGGUAGAUAUCUCUGCACAAAUGGUAUUUAUCAAUUUGGUGAUUUUGCAGAGAGGGUUUCCAAGCUCUUCCCUGAGUUUCCUGUUCACAGGUUUGUUGGGGAAACUCAACCGGGCCUGACAACUUGCAAAGAUGCUGCCAAGAGAUUAAUUGAGAUGGGGCUAGUUUUCACUCCAGUUGAAGAUGCCAUCCAGGACACGGUGGAAAGUCUAAAGGCUAAAGGAUUCCUAAAGCACAAAAUGUCAACAUCAUAGUUUAUUUUGGAGCUGAAAUUUUUUUCACUAUUUCCUUAGUUGUUACCAGUAAUGAUAGAAAUGAGAAUGCUUUUCUUUAAUAAUUCAACAAACUCCCCUUUGAUUAUCCCUUUUCUCUUUUUAUUUUCCGAAAGUAACUUUCAAUUGUUAUUGUAUGUAACAGGAAAUAAUCCGUGUUUCCAUUUGAUCAUAUGGCUGUGUCAACUUUCUUAUAUUAAUACUACUAAAAGAUGCUCAUAUUCUUUUA